GUGGGCUCAGGGUGGGGGUGGAAGUUAUCGGCUCCAUUUACAGGAGAAGAAACAGCGAAUUGACUCGCCCAGAGUCUUGGGACUGGUGCUUCAUGCCAGCCGCUGUGCCCAGCACCAGCCAGUUCAGCAGUUAGGCGAGCCACCCGCUCCCCGCGGGACCUCAUGGAGUUUAUCACCAAAGCCCUUACAGGUAAUCCUCACUUUAUAAGAACUCCUACUCGCCUAAUGGACUAUGACACACUCCCAGCGUGAUACUAAGGCCUGGCCAUUGGGAAACAAUUGGAACUGCCCAUGGACACGUGGAUUGAAGAAUGCUGAGGACUUACCCCACAACAAUAGGGCAAGGUAAGCCUUACCACACACUUUCGAAAUCAGUGCUUCCUGCUACUAUGACAUCAUUGGCUCUGUUCCCACUGGAGGACAUAUCCUUUCUCAAACAGGAACUUGAAACUGCAUCUGGAUAUUGCAGGAUGGUCCCCACUUUGGAACCACUGGCAAAGAAGAUCUUUAAAGGAGUUUUAGUAGCUGAAUUUCUGGGCGUUGCUGGAGCAUAUGUUUUGUUUAAAAAGAUGGACACAAGCCAAGAUUUUAGGCAAACAAUGAGCAAGAAAUUUCCCUUCAUCUUGGAAGUUUAUUACAAAUCCAUUGAAUGUUCUGGAAUGUAUGGAGUGAGACAGCAAGAUCAAGAAAAAUGGUUGAACAACAAAAGUUAGGACCAGUCAUCACGUUCCGCCUCCCACCUAAGCUGUUUGAGACCUUUGGGGGAGAAGGAAGAUGAGCACACCCACUGUAGACUUUUGGAGGCCCCACAGAACAUCCUACUGAGUAACAGGAGCUUCUGGUCUGCCAGCGUCUACAGUUGUUUCCCAACCACAAUGCAAAUCCCCUGCUUAUUUGUUACUUUCCUUCUGUAUUUAAUGUCAAAGAUUACCAUUUUAUUUAUAAAAGACCAGGUCAGGGAAGGAACAAAUGCUCUCAAGAUUUUAUUUCCCCUGAACCCCUUUUACUGGCAAAAAACAGAAGCCAGUAACUAUGAAUAUCA